CUUAAAUUAAAAGUUUAGAAUUACAAAGGACAUUUUUUCUUUAAAAUUAUAUGAACUAGUAUAAUUUAGUAUUUGUUACAUACUUCAUUUUGUGUAAAUUUUCGUAAUAUUGCCUUGAAACGAUCUAUAAUGAUUAACCGGCAACGUAACUAAUGUUAUCUAUGCGUCGCGUAAGAGUAAAAGAAAGUUAGUUAGUUCCGUAGUAGGUCAAUGGUAUAUCAUCGCGUGCAAGUAGCGUUAAGGACUGACGUCGACAUCGGGCGAUCAAGACGAGGGACUGCUAAGUCUGGUUUAAGACGCGGCCGGCGACAGUUGUUCGGUCGCAUCACUUAUUAUAUAUUUCUUUCGGCUCUAUAACGUGUUCACCGUGACCGUGAAAGUUAUAAUCGUGUCAUAUUACCGUAAUCAUGGGUGGCAAAGUCGAGAAUGUUGGCAUUCUUGCUAUGGAAAUAUAUUUUCCUUCACAAUAUGUUGAUCAAGUGGAAUUAGAAAAAUUCGAUGAAGUGGCUGCUGGAAAAUACACAAUCGGUCUUGGACAGAGUCGGAUGGGUUUCUGUUCUGACAGAGAGGACAUAAAUUCUCUUUGCCUUACUGCUUUACAUAGGCUUAUAGAGAAAAAUAAUAUAAAUCUUCAUGACAUUGGACGUUUGGAGGUUGGCACAGAAACAAUUAUAGAUAAAAGUAAAAGUGUCAAAACAUUCCUUAUGACAUUGUUUGCAAAAGAAGGAGCCACAGAUAUAGAAGGUAUUGAUACUACAAAUGCUUGCUAUGGCGGUACAGCCGCUCUUUUUAAUGCUAUUAAUUGGGUAGAGUCUUCAUCUUGGGAUGGCAGAAAAGCAAUAGUGGUAGCAGGUGAUAUUGCAGUCUAUGGUAAAGGGCCAGCAAGGCCUACAGGAGGAGCAGGAGCUGUGGCAAUGCUGAUUGGACCUGAUGCACCAUUGGUUUUUGAUUGUGGUGUCCGUGCAUCAUACAUGACACAUGCUUAUGAUUUCUACAAGCCAGAUUUAGCGUCUGAGUUCCCCUAUGUUGAUGGAAAGUUAUCAAUUCAGUGCUACUUGAGUGCUUUAGAUAACUGUUAUAAUCUAUUCUGUCAGAAGAUGAGGAAGGUGGAUCCAAAAUUCAAGGGUCUGUUGAGUUUAGAUGGUAUGUUAUUCCACUCCCCAUACUGUAAGCUUGUCCAAAAAUCGCUAGCUCGAGUUAGCUUCAAUGAUUUCCUUAAUGCAACAGAAGCAGAGAGAGAAAAACAGUUCCCUGGCCUUUCACAGUUUAGUACAUAUAAUAGAGGUGAUACUUAUUUUGAUAGGGACGUAGAAAAAGCUUUCAUGACUUACAGUAACAAACUAUUUGAACAAAAAACCAAACCAUCACUUCACAUAGCUCGUAAUGUUGGUAAUAUGUAUACACCUUCAUUGUAUGGAGGACUUGUAUCCUAUUUAGUGAGCAAAUCCCCAGAUCAGCUUAUUGGGAAGAAAUUUGCAUUAUUUUCUUAUGGGUCUGGCUUAGCUUCAACUAUGUAUUCUAUCAACAUUUGCAAUGACAUGAGCGCUGGGUCAAAAUUAGAGAAAUUAAUCAAGUCUUUAAAUGAAAAUGUUGCAAUGUUAGAUUCAAGACAGAGCGUAGAGCCGCAAAAGUUCUCUGAUAUAAUGCAAGUAAGGACGGAGAAUUAUCAUACAGCACCUUAUGAACCAUCGGGGUCAAUAGAGGUGCUAUUUCCUGGUACAUAUUAUCUAAACAAAAUAGAUGACCAAAGACGACGCACAUAUGAGAGGAAACUAUGAGGCAUUUAUUUAUCAUAAUAUCUAAUUUAUUUUUGUGCUGGUGUAGGACUUAACCAAUAGUUAUGAUUUAAAUUAUUUGUCUAUAGUUAUUUUAGCAUAGCACUUUGUAGUUUUAUUUUAAUAUUUUUAGGUAUUUUAAUUACAUUAUUUUUAGUUUGACUGGGGUUAACUGCUAUAAAAGUAGUAAUUUUUAAAUUACACUUAAUUUUAAACUCCUAGCAACAUUGUAAAACAUUGUUAAUAUGUCCGUGAUAGUAAAAUAUUUAUAUGUAUUAAAAAUGUAAUCAAUAAAGGUGGUGCAAUACAUUUGAUGUAACAGAAAAUGUUUUUAUAUAUAUAUUAUAUUUAAUUAAAGUUUUUGAAUUUUAACUCUUAAUUUUGAGAAAAUAUUUAUUAAAGCUAUUUUGAAAUUCAAUUUCAGAAGCAAACAUGAAGGAAUUUGAUAUAUGUCUGUAUAAAUAUGUAUGUCUUGUACUUAUACUCUUUAGUAAAGAGGUAAUAAAGUGGUGUGUUA